AUGGAUAGUACAUGCGUCGACUUCAAAGAAAACAAAUCUGAUCAGCGCAUGAUUCACUUGAACAGUAGAGGUUUAGCUGAGGACAGAAUUGGUGUAUUUAUGGAAAACGGAUGCUGGUCGUCUGUUGGCAAACGUGGAGGACUGCAAAAGCUUUCACUUGGUAGAGGCUGUGAACAUGUCAGAAUAGCUGCACAUGAAAUUGGUCAUGCUCUCGGAUUCUUUCAUACUCACUCUAGACACGACCGAGAUGAUUACAUCACCGUUGACAUAGAAAACAUCGAGCCUGGUGAGACAAGCCAGUUCAAAACCAAGUCGAAGACAGACAAUAACAAUUAUGGUAUACCAUACGACUACGGUAGUGUGAUGCACUAUGAGGCCACAAGGUACUCGAUAUAUCUAGCAUGUACUGCAUAUAUUAUAAAUACUGGGCUGGUGAAUGAACUAGAAGUUUUCAGCUUUGCUGUUGACGACGAAAGGCCCACUCUUGUACCUAAGGAUUUAAACUACACAGAAACGCUCGGAUCCCCCUUCAUUAGUUUUUACGACAUUUUGAUGAUGAACAUCCAGUAUAACUGCUUAGACCGAUGCGAAGGCAUAAACACCCAAUGCCGGAAUGGCGGAUUCGCUCAUCCUCGUGCAUGCUACAAAUGCGUCUGCCCUCACGGAUACGGUGGAAAACUCUGCGGCAGAAGAGUAAAUGUCUUUUUCAGUCUAAACUCCCAAAUCUUUAGGAAAAUUUUUCAGCCAAAAGGUUGCGGUGAGAGAUUGAAAGCGAGCGAAGAUUGGACCACGCUUGUCGAUGAUCUGGGCGAUAAAGAAGCCGGUCAUGUGUAUCGAGAAGAUUUUGUGAAGUGCCAUUAUUGGAUUACGGUCCUGAAAUUCGUGGAUUUCACAAAAGGAGCUGACACUGAUGGAUGUCAGCUUGCGGGCGUUGAAAUCAAAACAAAGAAGGACCCAGGCCUCACAGGUUACAGUAGGUUAGAAACUCUGAUUAUAAAAACAAUACUUACUUACAACUUGUGUUCAAGGUUUUGCUCGGAUAAAUUCGCCAACACUACGCUCACCUCGACUAGAAAUGUGGUACCAAUAAUAACAUAUAAUAGGUACUCCUAUACAAAAACCAAGUUAGAGUACCGCUACAUUUGA